UCGCGAAGGUCAUCCUCUAGCAGCUUGCCACCUUCCAGAGAUGCAUGCUUCGCCAUCGAGUAUAAGUGCUGAUCAUUAAUUAGUGUCAUUUUUAGAGAUUGGAGGCUGCCAAACCUUACUUUGGACCAAAUGUAUAAGAUUUCGGAGGUUGUCAGGGCAUGCCCAACGUUUGACACUGUCACUUUAGUUUGACAAUGUAUCAACACGGGGGUGGCACAGCGAAUGGUGGAGAUUGCGAUAUUCACACGUAUAAGAUGGCUGAAAAUAUUAGGUGGUCAACUGCAUUUAUAUACAUCAAUAGCUCACUGGCAUCGGUCCUCAUUUCCCACUUUAUCUUGGAUUUGCGCUCAGUCUACCGCUCCAAUGCAAAUAGCGAUGCCCCAGAGCAUUCAGUCUCAAGUGUGCGCUUUGCCUCCGCUGUGGUUGCAAAUCUAGGAGCAUCGCUGGAUGCUUCCUGGGUUACAGGGCGUAGUGAAAAUUGCGACGAUGCAGAUGAGGAACCUACACAAUUCUCCAAUAAUCCUCUUGGUGUUGGAUUACUGGAUCUUGAGAAGUCUGAAAAUGACGCCAGCACACCAUUGGAAGAUGCGAGGUGAGUAAUAUCGUCACUCAGUUUAAG